AUGCCCCGUAUCUGGUUCAUCACCGGCUGUUCCUCCGGCUUCGGACGCCAGUUGGCCAUUACCGCCGCUGAGAGCAAAGACACCGUCGUUGCCACCUCGCGCGACCCCUCAAAGCUAUCCGAUCUGACCUCGAUGGGCGUUAUUGCGAAGAAGCUUGAUGUGCAAGCCAGCGAUGACGAUGUCAAAGCGGUUAUCGACGACAUUGUGUCUACUGUUGGACCAAUUGACAUCCUGGUAAACAACGCGGGCUCUGUUUUGGGAAGGAGGCAUAGAAGAGUGCAGAUGCGCGUCUUGAGAGCGGCUCUUCCCUCUAUGCGUGCCCGCAAAUCCGGGGUCGUCGCCAACUUUGGGUCAAUCGCCGGCUGGCAGAGCGACCCCGCGGUGGGCAUGUAUUGCGCUACCAAGGCUGCCAUUGCGCUCUACACCGAAACCCUACUCAACGAACUAGCUCCUUUCAAUAUUGAAGUCACCUGUGUUGAGCCGGGCUACUUCCGCACCAACUUCCUUACUGGUGGCCAUAAGGUCACUACCAAGAACCGCAUUCCCGAGUUAGACACUGGCACCCAGGACAAUCGUGAUGCCCUCGCUGCUAUCAGUCUCCACCAACCCGGCGAUCCCAUUAAGGGCGCUCAGGUUCUCUUCGAGGCUUUUACCAAGACUGGUCGCUGCGAGGGACGUAGUCUCCCAGGAAGAUUAGCCCUAGGACGGGAUUCCUUGUCGGCCAUUGCGGGUAGUAUUGCCCGUGAACAAGAGAUGCUUGAUAGUUGGAAGGAGAUUAUUGGUUCCACGGGUUGUGAUGAUGUGCAAGUCUAG